AUGUAUAAGCUUAAAGGCAGGAGAUUUUGGGAGGUUCCGUGUAGAGGUCGUAUGACUUGGGGUUGGAGGAAGCUUCUUGCAAUUCGAAGCUUAAUCCGGCCUUUUUUGUGGUCUUCUAUUGGCAAUGGUGCUCAAACGAACAUAUGGAGCGAUAUGUGGUGUGAUCAUUGUCCUUUGAGCAGUUUCAUCAGCCCGAGACGGAUCUCUAAUGCUGGUUUUCAUCUUCAGUCUACAGUUGCUGAGUUGGUUUCGCAUAGUGGGGAGUGGAGUUGGCCGAUUGCUUGGUAUGACUUGUUUCCAGUUUUAAUUUAUAUUCAGGUUUCUAUGUUUAAUGAUAGGCAGGACCGGCUGAUAUGGAAAGAUCUUGAUGGUAACUCCCGUCACUUCUCUUCCUGGGAGGUUUGGAAUAAUAUUCGGCAUCGUGAGAACUUAGUGCCAUGGGUUAAUAUGGUUUGGUUUAAACACUACAUCCCAAGACACUCGUUCCAUAUGUGGCUUGUCAUUAGAAAUAAAUUGAAGACGCAAGAUAGAUUGUCGGUUUGGGAGGCAGGAAGUGCUACAAAUCUAAACCUCAUGUGUUGCCCAUUAUGUUGCUAUGAUAGAGAUUCAAGGAAUCACCUAUUCUUUGAAUGCUCCUUUGCUUUGGAGGUUUGGAAUAACAUUAAGGCGUGGACGGCUAUGGAGAGUGUUAAUGGAACAUGGGCCGAUAUUAUGUCUUGGAUGACUCAGAACUCGAACAUGCAAAUGCCGGAAAAUAUUAUCAGCCGAUUGGUACUAUCAGCUGCUUCUUAUUUUGUCUGGCAAGAAAGAAAUAAUAGGCUCUUCUCUAAAAACCAGCGUACGGCAAUGGUGAUUGCUCGCGAGAUCAUUCAGACGGUUCGAUUGCGUAUGUUGACAUUCCAGUUCAAGUGGAGACCUGGCCUUCGACGACUCCUAGAGAAAUGGCAGAUUCCUAGUGGAAACAUGGAAAUUGAUCCAGGCUGA